UGGACCUGCACAUCCAUAACUGAGGCUGUGUUCCCCUCGACACCCUGCUCCAGACCCGGAGGAUAGGUCCAAGUCAUCAUUCAGGUGGCCAACCUUGGCCCUCUGCUCCACGUUCCCGAUGUUACCCAUCAGAGCCAGCACGCCCAAGAAGAAAAGUCUGGUGCCCAACUGGAUAGAGAAGGGCCUGAUCGUCCUACGGCAAGUGUCCAGCCGGAACGAACAGACCCCAGAAUGGAAACUUCGCCAAAAAGAGCGCUCCCUCAGCAAGUCAGCUCAGGCCAUCAACUGCUACUACAGGAAGAUGAGCGAUUUCAACAAGGACACCAGCCCCCAGGACAGCGGCUUCCUGUCUGAAAUGGAGGAGCUCUGGCACAAGUUUCUCACACGUCCGGGCUGUCCCCAGUUCAGCACCAGGUCCACGUCCAUGACCCACUAUGGUUCAGCCACGACUCUCGAUCUCCCCGAGGACAGGUGCAUCAGCUCUGAGACCUGGAAGGUGACUGAGGACCUGCUCUCUGGUCAGGAGGGCUUGGACAUGAAGGUGGACGGCUGCCAACUUCCCUUUAGUAAGAGUGCCUGCGAGUUCAAUUACCUUCGGAAGAAGAGUGAAGCCCAGGUGUUGAGCCCGGCCCCCAGCAACCUGGUCCUAGGGCAGAGCUACCCAAGGAACUGGGUACCUUGGUACAUCUCCGUCAUCCACGAGAAGGACCGGUGCCUGUUUGCACUGGGGAAGGAAGUCCAGCGCCUCUCCGAGCUGGAGGUGCAGGUUCAGACGAAAGACGAGGAGAUCCUGGCUCUCCAGGAGGAGAGGGAGGCCUUGAGAAAGCAGCUGAAAUGCCUCCUGAAGAGCAAAAGCCAGGAGGCCUCGCUGAGCGAGGUCAUGACGGAGUGGCCGGCGGAGUCGGAGCCGAAGCUGCAGGGGAGACUGAACACCCUUAGGACCUUCCUCGGAGGCAAGGAGGAGCCGGAGCACAGGCAGCAGAUGCAGGGAGAGCACGCCAUGACCGACAGAGGCAAGGACCUGGAAGGAGGCAGCUACGAGGAGGAAGAAGGCCUGGAAUGGGAGGCCGAGCUGGCGGCGGACGAGGGGGCGAGGGCCAGUGCCAGCAGGAAGGGGAUUCUGCAGGAGAAGGCGGCGACGGUGGUGGCCGCAGAGGGCGCCGCGGAGGGGGAGGCCGUGGGCGGGAAGAGGGCUGCCUCCAUGGCCCACACCUUCACGGGGGAGCUGAGAGCCCAGCUGGAGAAGCAUGAACAGCUGGUCCGGGAGUUCCAGUUCCAGCUCGAGAUCACGAGGACCAGACACUCCCUGGCAACAGGAGCCAUCAUGUCUUUACAACGACAAAUGGAAAUCCAAGAGUCCCAGCUGCAGAGCUUCAAAAUGGAGAACGAGGCCUUGCAGAAGGAGCUGCGAGAGCGGAAGCAGCAGCUGCAAGCCAUGUCCGACAAGUUCUCCAACCUCCGGGAAGACAAGAAACACAUGGAGAUGAUGGGACUGAUCGAGAAGGAAAACCUUCUCCUCCGACAGCAAGUGUCAGAGCUGGAGAAGGAACUGGUCAAGCGGGAAUGGACCAUCUCGGAGUUGGAGGCCAAGGUCAGCCAGCUGCAGGCCCAGGUGAACCAGAGCCAGGACUAUCUGCAGAGGCGGAAGCAGCUGCAGGAGGAGAUGCAGAACAAGAAUGAGAUGAUCCAGCGGGCGGAACAGCAGGCCCACGUGGCCCUGGAGAGCGCCCAGUCCAGGCUCGAAAGACUAAGAAACAAGAUCAUCCAGGCCACCUUCAACACCAUAGGAUUCAAGUCCUUGGCCACCGAGAUCUCUGACAAUGACAUCCUGGAAGCCUUGCAGGGGAUCAUCUCAGAGAGAACUGACUACUACAACCAGUUGAAACAGAAGGGGAUUAAAGUGCCCCCCCUGCAGCAGUCGGAGAUCUUAUCCUCACCCAGCAAGUCCAAGAAGAUAACCUCCAAGUAGGCCCAGCUAGGACCCCAGGCGCAGCCAGUCCAGUGGAGGCCAGGACCCAACCUGGGUGUGCCCUGUGUGCCCCCCUUCUCCUCCGUCAGCCCCCAUGGCCUCACCCUUGCGCCCAGAUUCAGAAUUACACCUGCUGUUGGCCACCGUCUCACCUUCUCCUUCACUAGCACACACAGGGGAGCUUGGGCUACAUGGACACCCCCCAUUCCAAAACUCACUCGUUGGGAUCAGCACAG